AUGACAAUGACAAUGACAAUGAUAAUGACGAUGAUGAAGAUGACGACGACGAUGUACAUCCUCUUGAGCCUCCUUUGCCUUUGCCCAUUUGCCAAUUGCUCGGUGCUAAAUCUUCUUCCACCAAGCCAAGAUCCAUUUUACCAGCCUCCACGCAAUUUAGCAAACUUGGACCCGGGAACCAUAAUCAAGCAUCGCCCCACGCCACAGAAACUAUCCAACGUCUUCUUCACCUUCAACUUGAAAAACUCAUGGCAGUUGAUGUACCGAACAACAGACACAUUCGGCAACGCAACAGCAACAAUAAUCACGAUCAUGGAGCCGCACAAUGCCACAGCGGAUAAAGUCAUCUCGUAUCAAACAGCCGAAGAUUCAGCUCACAUAGAUUGCAGUCCCAGCUACGGCUUCCAAUUUGGAGCGCCGCAUUCGACAUUAAUGACGCAUUUGGAUAUGCGGUUCAUGAUUCCGGCGCUAUCACGCGGGUUUUACGUGAUCAGUUCCGACUACGAAGGUCCCAACUCGGCAUUUUUGGCGGGGAUGCUGCUGGGUUACGCCACGCUAGACGGCAUCCGCGCUGCUUUGCAACUGGGGAACAUAACGGGAAUCAGCAACGAGGCCCGCGUGGUGAUCUGGGGGUAUUCCGGCGGGAGUGUCCCCACUGGGUUUGCAGCGUGCUUGCAGUCUAGCUAUGCGCCAGAGUUGCUGCGCUCGUUAAUUGGAUGCGCCAUGGGUGGCAUCGUGGUCAACAUCACAUCAGCAGCUCAGGCAGCUGAUUGCACGGUGUUUUCCGGAUUGAUCCCCUUGGCUUUGAACGGGUUAUGCAACGAGUACCCCGUUUUCGAGCGUGAGAUAUAUGACAACAUCGGCCCCAACCAUCUUGAGAAUUUCAUAUGGAGUCAGACAAAUUGUUGGAUCCCCGGGAUGUAUCAUUACCAAUACACGAAUUUCUUCACUGGCGACAACCGGACUUUCCAGCGUGGUUUCGAUAUUUUGCAAGAUGCGCAAAUUCGCCGCAUUGUGAAUGAAAAUUGCCUCAUCAAUUUGAACCAGAGCUACUUGCCUCAGGUGCCCGUGUUUGUCUACCACGCCUUGCUUGAUGAAGUCACGCCCUUGCAAGACGCGUUGCAGUUGUACCGUCAGUGGUGUGACUGGGGGAUCCGUUCAUUCGAGUUUGCCGAGGAUUUCUUGAAUGAACAUGUUUCGGAACAAGCUUUCGGAGCAGGCGCCGCCUGGACUUGGAUCGAGGCGAGAUUCGACGGCGUUGAACCCGUGCUGGGUUGUGAGCAUACACUGAGAUGGAACAAUUUGUACUACCCUAAUGUUAGUCAAGACGUCCGCGACCUCCUUACCGGGUAUAAUCACACCUUGAUUGACUUGUUGGUUAAGGAUGAGAAAUGGGAGGUCUAG